AUGCUGCCUUUGGGAUUUGCGCUCGCCGCGCAAGCCGCUGUUCUCCUGCUAUGCCGGAGAUCCUCAGAGUCCAGCCAUCUGCUCGGCAGUCUUGUGGCGGAAGGCCUGGGUCGCCUGCGCUGGCGGACGCAUCAGCCAAAUACGACUUCGUGCAGAUGGUACACACACGAAAGCUUGGCACUGCCAGCUUUGGCUGCCAUUGGACCAGAAGUAAAGGACGUCUUGGUCUUUGGCGGCGCAGAUGGAGGCGUGGUCAACCUAUUCUUGCAAAGCCGUGAUGUGCAGUCGGUGACCUGGGUGAGCCACCUCACCCAGGUGACUGAAGUUGCAAGACGGUGCAUGCCCUCACUCGUGAAGCUUAGUGAUGAGCGCCUGCACCGGCUGACCAUGAACAGCGAUUCCGGGUUGAUGCAGGUUGCCUCCGGGAAGACCAAGCAAUUCGACAUCAUCGUCUAUGAUGCUUCAUCCUUGCAGGUGGAGGAGAAGCCGUUGAAGAAGAUGUAUUUCCAGCCAGCGGAGAUCCAGAAGCUUCGUGAGCUCCUCUCUUCAAGUGGUUUGCUCGUCGCAUCUGCCGGCAUUCUGCGAAAGCCUCGCAGUCUCCAGGACGCAUAUUCAGUCUUGAAGCGCUCCUUCCGGAAGAUUUGGUCACUGCAGCACUCGGCACCGGACAACAGUCCGGAGCAAGGGCAUUCUGUAGCCUUCGUGGCUGGAGAUGGAGAUAUCUCCGUGCCAAACCAGACCUGGUUUCGUCUUCAAGCCUUCGAGACUUGCUUCUACACCCCGGAGCUUCAUCAGGCUUUGCUUGCUCCAUCAAGAACCUUGAGCCAGAUUCUGGGGCUGACGAUACCUCCUUGGCCGGAAUUGGUUGCUGCCAACUCACCGAACGAGCCCCCUGUACAGAAAGUUUCCCCGGCGUCGGACAAGCUGUGCAGGUACAGGAGCCAAAAACACUUCGGAAGGCCCCUGCUAGACAAGACGACGCCGUACCAGAAGCUCAAUGUUGCAGAGGAGCCCAGUUCAAGAUGCACUGCGCUGUUUCUGGACGAGGAGCUGCAGCUCACGAACGUCUUUGGAGACUUCUACCACGAGGCAUUGGUUCAUCCGGCCAUGGCCGCUUUGGGACAACUGGGACGACGGGUUCUUGUAAUUGGAGCCGGCGACGGAGGCGUUGCCACUGCACUGUUCAGGUACCCACAAGUGGAGAAGGUCAUUCAGGUUGAGAUUGAUGAGGCUGUCCCGGAAGUGGCGCAGGAGUUCUUGCCAGAGAUUGCGGCGGGCUAUCAGGAUCCGCGGCACGAGUUGGUCAUCAUGGAUGGCGUGCGCUGGGUGGAAGAGAAUCACGUCGAGAUGAAAGGCAGUUUCGAUUUGUGCAUCAUCGACUCUACCGAUGAUCCGUUGGGAAGCCAAUGGUCUGUGAAGUUUUUCCAUAACCUACAGGCUUUGCUGCGUCCCCAUGGCGCGGUCGUGCAGAACAUCGGCAGUCAGAUGGAUGAGUUGGAUGAUUUCCGGAAGCUGCAUGUGGGGUUUCAGAACCGCUACCUCAUCAACUGCAACACCCCAGAUUACCCAUCGCCUUACUUCAUUGCUUUGUUGACGAAGAAGCUGAGUCCUCAUGAUGUCGAUUGGACCUGGUGGUCAUCUCUGAACAUUUCCUCGGUCUAUUACCACCCCACGAUUCACACCGCGCUUUUUUCAGCCCCUCGUGAGACGAUUCAGCUUUACCUGGACGGGAUUGGCUGGCAGCCACACGAUGCCAACUUUUGUCGCCAUGCAUUGGUCGACCGGCAAGGCUCGCAAAAGAAAGGUAGGACCCACGAACUUUGA